GCCGAAAUGGUGAGGACAGCCAUCCAGAUCCUUAACCGGAACCCUCGUGGAUAUUAUCUGUUCGUGGAAAACAAUAACGUCGACAAGGGACAUCAUUCCGGUCGCGCCUUCGCGGCCUCUACCGAAGUCACUGUGCUUGAAGAAGCCGUUCAGACAGCCACGGCGAUGACCGACGCUGACGAUACCUUGUUGGUGGUCACGGCGGAUCACUCGCACUCAAUGCUGGUUGCCGGCUAUCCGAAGCGUGGCAAUCCGAUGUUCGAGAAAGCGAACGACAUGUCUGGCGUCGAUGGAAUGCCAUACACGUCACUGCUGUAUGGAGCGGGACCUGGCUACAGGGGAUCCAGACCUAACCUUACCAACACUGACACAAUCGAUCCGGAUUACAUGCAGGAGGCUGCUGUGCCGCUUACACUCGAACCUCAUAGUGGCGAGGACGUAGUGGUGUACGCGCAUGGACCCAUGGCGCAUCUCUUCCGAGGAAAUUUUGAACAGACAUACGUAGCGCAUGCUAUGGCAUACGCGAUGUGCGUUGGAAGCAAUAAGCAACACUGCGACAGGCCGGUGGGAAUGUGCGCCCCUGCCAACGGAGCACGCACAUUAGUACCAUCGUGGUGCACAAUGGUCUUCCUGUGUGUGUUGGUAUUGAAUAACUGCCGAUUGCUAUAGCCAUUUUCGUAGCCGUACUCGGUAUAGUAAUUAUUAUACUCAUCAUUUUAUUUGAAAGCAUAUUCAUCUAUCCUCAUGGCACAGCCUGUAUCGAAGACAACUCACACGUGAGUGAU